GCUCUGGUCGUUGCGUUACAGCAGGCCACGCCCAUGCUCGCUUGCAGUGGUGACUGUUGGCGUGGCGUGCAGUGACGCUCACUUGUUGCUUCACUGGAUAAGGUGAAACUUUUCCAGCGAUACAUUAACGGACUUUUGACACAUUGAAACUUCUCGCAGGGCAGGACAGCUCGCGCGUCCUGUUGUCUUUUCAGUCCCAACUGAAACGGGUUGGGUUUUCACAGAAAUGUCUCUGGCAGAGCAGAGCCAGCAGUGGUUCCCCACCAGCGUCCAGGUAACGGUGCUCCAGGCGAGGGGCUUGCGGAUCAAAGGGAAGAAUGGCACCAACGACGCGUACGCCAUCAUGCAGGUGGCCAAGGAUAAGUUCUCCACCUCGGUGGCGGAGAAAUGCGUUGCGCCGGUGUGGAAAGAGGAGGCCGCGUUCGACCUGCCGCUCUUUCACCCCGGUAACGCGGAGCGCUGCACCCUACAGGUGUGUGUGAUGCACCGGGCUCUGAUGGGACCCGAUAAAAUGCUCGGACAGGCGACCAUCAACCUCCUGGAACUCCAAGACAAUAAAUCCCGUAAUAAAACAGAAUGGUUCAAAUUGAUGGACAAGACGGGGAAGGCUGAUAAAGACAGGGGUGAGGUGUUACUAGACAUUCAGUUUAUGAAGAACAACAUGACGGCCAGCAUGUACGACCUCUCCGGGCAGGACAAGUCACGUUCACGGCUUGGGAAGCUUAAAGAUAAGCUGAAAGGGAAAAAGAAAGAUGGGAUGUCGGAUUCUGCUUCUGCCAUUGUGCCUUCAGUCAGCCAGGUACUGACUGACAGCGAGGGAGAAGAAGAACCUGACUCCACACCUGGAGUCAAAAAGAAGAAUAAACUCAAAUCUCUUUUCAAACCCAAGCCGGGUUUGCACCGUAACAUUUCCCAAUCCAUGUCCACGCUCACCACCCUGCCUGAAAAAGACUCAGCCAUCAGUCUGAGCAGAUCGUCUGGCCUAAAUGUAGAGUCUCCUGAAGGUAAAAAGAAAUUUAAAUUUCUGAAACACAAGCGGACCGAAAGCUCUGAUAGCAAGGUUUCCCAGGGCACCGGCUCUCCUGGACUGGGCAUGGUGCAGAGCAACGUGUGCAUCAACGGCGGUCACGUCUACACAGAAGAACCAGAGAGCAGAGGAUCCAGGGCUGGUUCCACCUUCAGCCUGAACAGCUCAGGCCACGGAUCCAUGGAGGACCUGCGCAGAGGUCAUGACAGGAAAACCUCCAGCACCUCAGUGGACUCUCUUAAAACCUCUGACCUACAAACUCAAGAGAAUGCUGUGGAAGAGAUGCGAAGAAGACAAGAGGAACAGAGGAAACAGGAAGAGGAAGUCAGGAAAAGACUAGAGGAGGAACGGAGACGGGAAGAGGAAAGGAAACAGAUUGAGGAAAAAAUGAGACUGGAGAGGGAAGAGGAAAGGAAACGGUUAGAAAGAGCAGAAGAGGAGAGGAAAAGGAUUGAGAGAGAGGAAGAAAGAAAGAGGAUAGAGAAGGAAGAGGAACGGAAACUGAUUGAAAAAGAGGAGGAAAGAAAGAGGAUAGAAAGGGAAGAGGAGAGGAAACAGAUUGAGGAAAAAAAGAGAUUGGAGAAGGAAGAGGAGAGGAAACGGUUGGAAAGAGAGGAAGAGGAGAAGAAAAGGAUUGAGAGAGAAGAAGAAAGAAAGAGGAUAGCGAGGGAAGAGGAGAGGAAACAGAUGGAGAGAGAGGAGGAAAGAAAGAGGAUAGAAAGGGAAGAGGAGAGGAAAUGGAUUGAGGAAAAAAGGAAAUUGGAGAAGGAAGAGGAGAGAAAACGAUUGGAAAGAGAGGAAGAGGAGAGGAAAAGGAUUGAGAGAGAAGAAGAAAGAAAGAGGAUAGAAAAGGAAGAGGAACGGAAACUGAUUGAAAGAGAGGAGGAAAGAAAGAGGAUAGCGAGGGAAGAGGAGAGGAAACGGUUGGAAACAGAGGAAGAGGAGAGGAAAAGGAUUGAGAGAGAGGAGGAAAGAAAGAGGAUAGCGAGGGAAGAGGAGAGGAAGCAGAUGGAGAGAGAAGAAGAGAAGAGGAAGCUAGAGAAACAGGAAGAGGAAAGGAGAAGAAUUGAGGCAGAGGAUAGAGAAAGAAAAAGGAUUCAGCAGGAGGAAAUGAUCAGAAUAAAGAACAAACAGGAAGAGGAAAGAAGGAAAGCUGAGGAGGAGAGGAUCAAAGAGGAGAAAAGGAAUAGAAUGGAGGAAGAGGAAAAGGCUAGGAAGGAAGAAAAUAAACGGAGGAGAAUGGAGGAAGAGGAGAGAACGAGACUUGAGAAUGAAAAGUUGCGAAAAGAAGAGACAAGAAUGAUCGAGAUGGAAAGACAACGCGCUGAAGAAGAGGAAAGACUACAAAAGGAAAAAGAAAAGGUGGAAGCAGAGGAAAAGAGGAAAAGGAUAGAGGAAGAAGAGAGAAGACUGUCUGAGCAGAAAGAAAGAAAAGAACAAGAAAGGUUACGUUUGGAAAAAGAGAAGUUGGAGCUUGAGAACAAGAAAAUGGAAGAAAGGAUGAGAGAGGAACAGGCACGCAAAAAGGCUGAGGAAGAGGAGGAGAAGAGGAAGCUGAAAGAGAAAGCAGACCAGGAGAGAAUCAGGCAAGAUAAAGUAGAAAUGGAGAGACAGAAGGAAGAGAAAGAACAGCGGCCUCAGGUGAAACCCAGGAGUGCUCGACUGAAUACGAGUAAAAAAGCACCUGACGAGACUAAAUCAGCCUACAUCCCAUCUGCCAAUCCCUUUGAAGACCUGCUCUCAUUCGAUGAGAGCUCCACCAAUCCCACCGUUUCUCAACCUGAAGCCCUCAGUCAGUCCACCAAAGUCUCUGCAGUCAAGCCAAGUUCUUCUGUUUCUGGAAUCUUCUUUUCGCAAGCAUCUAUGCCAAACACCAAUCCAUUCUUAGAUGACUCUGAUGUUGACAGUGGAAACACUGAGAAAGUUGUCCAUCUCGGAGACACUGCAGAAAGGUCAGAUAAAAAACGACGUGCACCAAUGCCUCCCCUGAACAAGACGCAGAUGGGAAAAACAGACAUCCCUCCCAGAGCACCAGCAAUUCCUGAAGCCACACAAGCUUUUCUGUCUAGAGGAAGAAGUGCACAGCUUUUCUGUCUAAAGCAAGAAGUGCACAACGGACAUGCAGACCAAUCUACCACACCUCUUCAUACCGGAGGACAGAGAACUACUAGAUUCCAGGAAAAAGACCAGACUAAUAAAGUGAGCCCAGUUUUGCAAGAUGAGUCUAGGAUCUCUGAUGCAGUCAAUUCUGGGAACACCAGUUUAUCAAAUCUUAGGCAGGUUCAUCCCAGUAACAGACCAGAAACCAACCCUUUUAUAUUUACUGAGGUCAAAACAACUAAACACAACAAGGGUCCAGCUCCAAAGCCUUUUUUACAGUCAAAAUGUUGCAAGACAUCUGCAUCUGAAACUGAACCCAACAACCUAACAAUUAGUAAUGUCCAUUUGACUGGACAUGAAACCAGUGCUGCCUCAAACUCUUGCAUUGAGUCGACUGACAAGCUUGAUGAUCUUCUUGCAUCUGAAGAGCCUUCUACCAAACCAGAGCCUGUGUACUCUGAUGACCUUUCUUCGAUAGAUUUACCAGCAAAGACUAAACUAGACUCUCUUCGAGAAGAUGUACCUUCAAGGUCUGAUCCAGUCCUUGUAAAGGUUCUCUGCAAUGUGAAUGAUCCCAAGAAUACUGAAAAUGUCUUGUUUGAGAGUGGUGUUUUCAAAAAGAAGAGUCGGGCCCCAUUGCCUCCUGCCAAAUCAGCAUCCGGCCAGCAACCAGAAGCUGCUUUGAACUCAACCAGUCAACCCAACAUACAAGAUCAAGACAAGUCAUUAACUAUUAAUAGUAGCAAGUCAACUUCUUGUUUUACCGAAUCCCUGGUGAACUCAUCUUCAACCUCCAGUCAAGUUCUCACUCCUCUAAGAAUGGAAGCAAGUCAUGGGUCAGGGCACCGGCCUCUCUCGCCUGUCAGAGUGUCACCUAUUGAUGUUCAGAAAAAUGGGAGUGAAAGUGAGAGAACAGGUGAUCCUGCCUUCAAACCCUGCAGGUCCCAUGCAGUGAAACCCCUGAGCACCACUGACAAGCAAUCAGACCUCAGAGAGACCCAGGACGCUUCCAGAUCUGCUAAAAUUACAGAUGACCUACAAGUCAAGAUGAAGGCCCCACAGGCUAAAGGGACGGGACCUUACUCCCAGCUAACCCAUGAAGAACUCAUUAACUUGUUGGAAAAGCAGAAGCAGCAGCUUUCUCAGAAAGAUGCUAAGAUUGGGGAACUGGAACUUUAUAUAGACAAUCUUCUGGUGCGUGUCAUGGAGGAUAACCCCAACAUCUUAAUGUCCUUGAGCUCGAUGAAUAAGUCAGUUUGAGUAAUUUUGUAGCAGACGGUUUUGUAUUUAAUGUGCACUGCAAUCACAAAUAUGGGGUGAACAACAGUACAAGGUUGUGGGUAAAUCACAGAAGCUUUCACUAAAGCCAGUAGCUAUAACUGCGCACACACACUAAUGUGCUGAAGAUCAGGGUGUAUACCUGACGUCUCGGACUAAAUGGUGAUGACAUGAAUGUUUGUUGUUUGGCACAUGUACAUGUUGAAAUAAAUCAUAUGUUAAGUAUUUUCUCCAAAGGUUUUUACUAUCCAUUUUUUCUAUUUGAAUUGCUAAUAUUCUUUGAUUAGAGUUAUAUAUAUCAUAUAUCAUCUAUUCAGUAUACUCUAAUAUCAUGUAUUCAAUGUUUUGGUAAAAGUGUUCAAUGGACGCAACACACGUGUUAUAUAAGUGAACAAAAUAGCACUACAUAUAUUCUUAAAAAAGGUUUUAUAUGAAUUACAAAGCUGUAUAUUUUGUAGACAGAUCUUUGUAUUAACACAUAUUUUCCUUUUCAAUAAAGCACUUUUAAAGAAUCAGUUCAUCUAUAAAUAAUGAAUAUGUGAUCAUUUGUAUGUUAUGCCUUUUGUCAUGUAAGCUGAAAGCUUUAUUAUUCUCUGCUUUUGAAAUAAAGAAUGUCACAGGUGUGGCUCUGCAAAGGGCAGCGUCACAA